AUGGGCAGCUCUUCGAACCCGGCUCACAAGGCAGGCGUCCCCCGCUCUGGUCUCGUUUGGGGUAUCAACCGCGGUCACCAGACCGAGCGCCGCGUGCCCGCGCAGAAGCGUGUCGCCAAGAAGGGCGUCGCCAGCGAGCGCGUCAAGACCAUCCGGAGCAUUGUCCGCGAGGUCACUGGCUUUGCGCCGUACGAGCGCCGCGCCAUGGAGCUCAUCCGUAACUCGAAGGACAAGCGCGCGCGUAAGUUCAUCAAGCGCCGUGUCGGUACCAUGCGCCGUGCGAAGGCUAAGAUGGAGAUCCUCACCAACACCAUUGCCGAGCAGCGCCGCGCCGGUCACUAA